AAUGCCCCCUUGCCUUGGGAUAUCCUCGGCUGUUUUUCAACAGUUAUUAUCGAGCUCCUACGAUUAACUUCAACCAUGUCCAUUAUUAUGCAGUAGUAUAUAGUCUGGGUUUUAAUUAAAAGACAUAAGAUGACGGAUAUUUUGUGCAGGUGGCUGAACGAGGAACUAAAGCUGUCAAAAGCGAUUGAGCCAAAGACCUUUGCCAAGGAUUUCUCCAGUGGCUACCUAAUUGGGGAAGUUCUUCAUAAAUAUCAGAUGCAAAAUGAUUUCAGUAUGUUUAUGAAAAAAGACACCCCCAUCUCCAGAAUGAAUAAUUUCAACCGCCUUGAGCCCACACUCAAGUUACUUGGGAUCUCCUUCAACCUGAACACAGCUCAGGACCUGAUGCAGGAGAAGCAGGGUGUUGCCACACGCCUCCUCUACCAGCUCUAUGUCACCCUUGAAAAGAAGAAGAAAGGAGACAUCAGUGGCACAUUGAUGGAAAUCAUGCAACCCGCAGCCAAAGCAGGCUCGCACAAAAAGGAGCAUGAAAUCUACUCUGAUCGACUGCAUCAAGUGGUAAAGCGUGAUGCAGAUCAAAAGCUACAGAAAAUUUCGCAGCACUAUGAAGAGAAGUACCAGCCAAUGGACGACAGGUUUGAGAUGACCCGUCCCAUCCAGCAACAGAGACCACUCAGAGUCCAGGAUGAGAAGAGAAUGAACAACAGUGAGAAGUUGCUGGUGUCUCGUGAGAAGCAAAAACGCAUCAUUACUUGUAACCUGGCCGCUACUGUCCAGGUGCCCAAGCCACCUCCCUACACUUCACAGCUCAACCUUAAAAGAAGGCAACAACAGCAUCAACGCCAUGAACAAGAAGCGCAGACUGUCAAGACUGAAAUAGCCCAGUUCGAGACAAGGAAGAAAUUGCUUACUUAUGCUGUUCCUUCCUCUUCAAGUGGUCAGCCUGUCCCUAGAGAUGUUGUUCCUGGUGAAAGCAGCCAGGGCUGUGAGGUCCCUGAAAGUGGAACUAAGCUGACCUUACAAUCUAAUAGCAAGUAUAUACAGAAUAUCCGACAGAGGCUUGAGGAAAGUGCUGGAGCUCGGGAAAAGAGAGAGAAAAGACGGGACAGAUUCCUGGUGGAGCAGCUCAAGGCCCAUGAAGCUCAAGAGGAUGCCCGGCGAGAUGAGCAGCUGGUGAAGCGUCUGACACGUCAGACCCAGCAGGAGCACCGUUUGGCAACUCAGCUUCUGCAGAUACGUAUGCAGAAGGAUGUGAUACGGGAGAACCGCCUGUUCAGAGAGCAGCAGUACCAGCAGCGGAGAGAGAAGGACUUCCUGGAAGCUCUGGAGAGGGAGGCGGCUUUGGCUCAGCAGGCUAAAUUGGACCGUGCCGAAGAUAUCCUAAAGGAGCGUGAAUUCUGUAAGAGGAAUGCUGCUGAGCGAGCUCAGAGCAGAUACAAGAAGCACUUUAAGAGCUGCAAGGACAUUUUGGAGCAGAUAGUGGACUUGACCACCAAGGUUGGAGAAUACCGACAGCUCACUGAGAAUCAGAUCCCAGAGAAGUCCAUGAGAGAGUGGAAAGAACUGCUGUUCAAUGGUCUGCCUCUCUAUGAGCCGAUACACUGCCAGCAGCCAGAGAUUGAGUUCCCUCCCCCACUAGAUCCUGUCGAGCUUGAGAAGCAGGAGAUACUGAACAACCAGGACUAUGAUGAAUACACUAACAUGGUAGAUGAGUGGGCAUGGCCAGAGGAAGCAGGGGAGACCAAACUACCCCUGACCAACAACAACAUUCUUGGACACGUUGUCCUACGACUGAGGAACAUGGUUUAUCAACCCAUCACUAAACCCUCCUUACCCUCAUUUCCUCACUUUACCUUUAAGGCCUGUGUCCUGGGAAAGCUUUGCUCUGGCAAGACCACCUGCCUGGCCAAGUUGGCUGAAGCCCAUGGCAUCAAUAUUUUAUCAGCGGACACGCUCAUUGAAGAGGCGCUGGAUGCUAACCGAAAUGGAGAACAGGUACGGCUCACAGAAGAGCAGGAAGAGAAAGGCAAUGAGCACUUGCUCACAUCCUGCACAUCACUGGAGCCUGACCUUGAAACUGAAGAGACAAGUAGAAAGAGCACCUUAAGACUGUCUACCCGGGCCAAGCAGGGAGCGGCUGCAGACAAAGAGCUGAGGGAAGGCAACCCCAUCCCUUAUGAUCUGGUAGUGGACAUCAUAGUAGAGGCUAUCAGGCAGGUUCCAGCUCAGUCAGGAUGGAUCCUGGAUGGCUUUCCAUUGGACAUCAGCCAGGCCUUCCUGCUAGAGAGAGCCCUGGGUGGGUGUGUAGAUGAAGGGAAUUGUGUUGUGAACAGCAGGACAGACCUUGCUGCUGAUCCUAAUCCACCCGAACCUCCAACACCCCCACCUCCUGUACUGGACCUGGCUCUGCUGCUGGACAUCCCUGAGGAGUGUGUGAUCAGACGAGCUUUCAGUCAUACAGAUCAAGAUAGUGCCUGUCCCAAAGACAAGACCUUGUAUCUGGCACAGAUUCCUCACAGAAUUGCAGGUUUUGAAGACACCUGGCCCAAACUAGAGGAUUGGUUUGGUGAAAAGCAAAGCAUUCUGGUCCGUAUUGAUGCAGAUGUGGACGAAGAGGAGCUUUACAAAAGGAUGGAGUCUGUCCUGCAGCAAGUUUGGAUGCAAACACAGGAAGCUCUGGCUACUUCUCCCGUUGAAGAUGUAAUGUUGGAUAGUGGGAAAGCUCCUGACUCCCCCUCUUCAGCUGAACUUCCACCUGUAGGCCAACCUCAGGACGUUUCACACGAAGCCCCCGACCCCACAGAGUCCGAAACCAACUUAAGGCACUCUAGGAAGGCAUCCAUGUCCUCAGUGAUCAAUGAACCCUCUCAGGGGGUCCGAGUAAACCCACCUGAGUCUCCCUGCCCAGGUUAUUCCAGAUGGGAAUAUGUGGAUGAACCCCUUCCUCCAGAAGUCCCAGGGUUCAUUUGCCCCCAUUGGGACACAGUGUGUGAUUCCUAUGUGAAAAACGUAAAGACAGUAAUGCAGCAGAUCCGCUCGCAAAGCAGUGUUAUUAACCAUCAGCUAUUCAACAUCAGAGAGGACUACAAGCAUUACCUGGGACGUCCUGACUUAAGGCAGGAGUUGGUGUCUCAUUGGCAAAAGGACUUCAACAGCAUACCUGACGAUAUGAGGAAAGACGAGGAUACCAAAGCAGAGCUGCAUCUGAGACUGGAUGAACUGCGUGAACGUCUUUGGGACAUUAGUGACAAGUGUAAGGAGGAGGACGAGCAAGAGAAGGCCGCUCUCAUGGGGGACGGCUGGUUGGAGGAACACACGGUCAUCCUCAUCAACUAUCACUCUAAACUCAUGCAGGUAGAGUCAGACCGUCUCCAGGAUACACUCUGUAUUCUAAGAGUCUACUAUUUGAGCAUGUGCAGAGAGGUGCUGCCUGAGCUACCCUCCAGGUUGGCUUGUAUCCCCCUUCUUGACUUCCCAGAAGUGAAGGAUCAGGACGAGAGUCCCGACUCCAAGGAGAAAAUCCAGGACCAGACAGAACCUGUCAAGCUUCCCCAAGAUAAACUGACCUCUGACUACACGGAGGCACUCAGAGGCAUCAGCAAAUUGGUAUCAGCAGAAGCCCACCAGGGGGAGAUGAAAGGGAAGAAGGGGAAACCACAAGAGAAGGAGAAGGCCCAGCAGGCCUCUGCAGAUGCAAACAAAAACACAAAAGGGAUGAAGCCAUCCACAGAUAAGAAAGGUCCACCAUCCCCCCCCCCUGAACCCAGCCCUGCACCAGCUGAUACUUAUGAAGAUGUCAAACUGAAAAUACAUAAAGAAUAUGCUGCCACACUGGCUCAAGAGGGCCACAUCUCUCCGUGGAAGGCCUCCAAACAGCUGGGGAAAAGCUCUUUUAGACGUAAACUUAAACUGCAGCUGCUGCUGCUGCUGCUGCUGCUGCUGCUGCUGCUGCUUACAUAA